AUGACGGCUAAAACGCUCGGCGUCGACGGAUUCUGGCUGGGCGGUUCUUACGAUGGAAAGGUUAUUACGUGGGACGAUGGCACCAACGCCACUUAUGCUAAUCUUGCCUCAGCGGGUACUUCCGGAAACCUGGUGAUGAGCCUGUCGACGGGAAAGUGGAGCACCGCCGCCUGGAAUGACAGGUACCCGAUUAUGUGCAUCGGGAAGAAAUCGAAUGGCCCGCAACUCCCGCCGUGCGAGACCGAGUGGAUGUACGCGACAGUGACGAAGAGCUGCUACAAGCUCGUUUAUCAUGUCGACUUCGCGAACGCCGAGGAGCAAUGUCGAGCCCUGGGCGCUACCAUCUCGUCUGUGACUUCUAAUGAGGAAAAUAAUUUGAUUGUUGAUUUCGCGAAAACCGGCUACUCUGGCGACCUGAUGUUUACCGCUUUGGUCGGAGCUAAGCGAACCGGCGCCAACGUCAACGACUUUGCGUGGCUAGACGGAAGCCCUUUCACCUUUUACCCGUGGGCCAACGGUGAGCCAAAUAAUGCUGGAGGUCGCGAAAGCUGUAUCGAGAUCUACACCGACGAGCUCUCCGGCAAGAACGCACCGAAGAGCCCCUAUUUGCAUAUGUGGAACGACGUGGAUUGCGAUAGUCACCACCGUGUCGCCGUCUGCAAGAAGGCAUCGCUUUAU